AAUGACUAAAUUGCUAUUUCUUUGACAGGUGUUGUUCAACACACCGAUUUAUGAAUCUGCUGUAAAGAUCUGCUGGCAUCUUCCGGGCUACAGGACUCAGAUUGAGAUUAUGACAGAGUUUCUCAGACUUCAGCAGGAAGAUCUAAUUCCACCUAACCUCACUGCUGAAGAUCUGAGAGAUCUUUUGGUGGAGAAGAGCAGGGAGACACUCAGAGAGCAGCUGUGGGAGUUUGAAUUAGAGGAUUUUGAAGAAGAGGAAGCCAAACCUCUUCUAAGGCUGGUAUGGGCGGUGAACGUCAUCAAUAAAAUGAGGGAUGUUGAAUUUCAAGCCAGAAUGCUUCUUCAGUUCCCAGAGGCUGUACCUCCUAAAUUUCAAGCACCUAAACUCCUCAGCGUGGUGAAGGAUUACGUUGAAAUCCUGAAAAAGAAGCAGCAGGAACAGCAUAACAGCAAACUGCUCACAGCGCAGGAGGUAGUGAUCGAGGUAGUUCCCCGCGUUCUCCAGGGCUUCUGGGAGCUUCCUCCUCGUCCCCUUCUAAACAUGGCCUCCCAGAGUCUAAGCAUCCUCUCCACGAGUGUCACCAAGGCCACUUUAGAUCGUGUCUCCAAGAGUCUCACGGCGAUGGAAACACAGGCCAUCUUCACCCGCUCCAUCCGAGACAAUAUGGUCGACAGCAUCCUGACGGAGAUUAGGCAGAAAUUUCCUCAAGAAAUUCUGUCUAUCAAAAUUGCAAACUUUGCACCAGUGUUGCUGAAGACCAUAGCUGAUGUAGCAAUGAUCCGGAUAUGUGAAAUCUUUGAGCCCCCUUCAAGUCUUCCUGAUGUGAAGAACACAAAUGAAGAACGCUCCUCUGACGGUCUUUCAAUGGCAAAUGUUCCACCAGCCGAAGGAUCUUUUUCAGAAAGUGUUCCAGAGCCUGACGUUCUCUGUGAGGAACUUCUUGCUGAAAGGGCAUCCAGUCUGAGUUCUCAAGACCUUACGAUCGAAGGAGCUCUUUCCGGAAGUGUGCAAGAGCCUGACAUUCCCUGUGAGGAACUUCUUGCUGAAAGGGCAUCCAGUCUGAGUUCUCAAGACCUUACGAUCGAAGGAGCUCUUUCCGGAAGUGUGCAAGAGCCUGACAUUCCCUGUGAGGAACUUCUUUCUGAAAGUUCAUCUAGUCUGAAGGCUGAAGACCUUACAAUUGAAGGAGGUCUUUCAGAAAGUGUGGCAGUGGCUGACGUUCCCUGUGAGGAACCCUAUGCUGAGUCCAAAUCCAGUGUUAAAGGCAAAGAUCAUAAGAUCAAAGGAUCUCGUUUGGAAAUUGGGCCAGUUCCUGAUGUUCCCUGUGAGGAACCUUUUCCUGAACCCGAAUCAAGUAUGAAGUGCAAAGACUUUCAGAUCAACAAGAAGAAGAAGAAAAAGGGCUUCUUCAAAAGACUUAAAAGGCUGUUCUGCUGUUGUUGCAGACCAAAAGACACUGACUGACAUUGAAACUGCGACCCAGUAUUGGUGUUCCAGUAACUGUACAUAUGUUCCUUGAUGAUUGUUGUUCAUGUUUUGGGGGUUUCUUUAGUUUUCAGUGGGCUGGGUGUUUUUUUCCCCUUCGUUUUCUUUACUUAAUUCUUGUUCAUAG